AUCAAUCAGCAACAUUCUAUAACAUCUACCCCCAUCUUCUUCCUUCCUCCCAAGAACCUGGACGCAGAGCAAGAAAAUGGACAGGAAGAGGGUUGGCAUCAUCGGCGCCGGUGUGAGCGGCCUAGCAGCAUGCAAGCACUCACUGGACAAAGGAUUCAACCCAAUCGUGUUCGAAGCAGACGACACCAUCGGUGGCGUCUGGGCACACACCUUGGAGUCAACAAGGCUCCAGGCACCAACCACGGCAUUCAGGUUCUCAGACCUGGCAUGGCCAGCAACUGUGACAGAGAAGUACCCAAGCCAUAGGAAGGUCAUGGAGUACCUGAGGUCAUAUGCCAGCGAGUUUGAUCUCCUCAAGUGCAUCAGGUUCAAUAGCCAGGUGCUUGGAGUUGAAUACCUUGGUGCAACCGAGGGAGAGAUAAUGCAGUGGGAGCACUGGUCUGGCAAUGGUGAGGCAUUUGGUGCUCAGAAAGAUGGGGUGUGGCGCCUCACCGUGAAGGACUUGAAAAUUGGUAACAUUGAGGUUUUUCUAGUGGAUUUUCUAAUCGUGUGCAUUGGAAGGCACAGCGGAAGCCCAAAUAUCCCAGAAUUUCCGGCAAACAGUGGCCUAGAGUUGUUCAAGGGGAAAAUCUUGCACUCAAUAGAUUACUCUUACAUGGAUAAUGCAGCUGAAUUUGUCAAAGGGAAGAAGGUGACUAUAAUAGGCUCUGGAAAAUCUGCAUUUGACAUCGCUGCAGAGGUCGCCAAGGUGAAUGGUGAAACCCAGCCAUGUACCAUGAUAUAUAGAACAAGGCACUGGUUGGUACACAAAUCUAGUAUUUGCGGAGUUGACCUCAGUUACUUCUAUCUUAACCGUAUUUCACAGCUACUAGUUCAUAAACCCGGUGAAGGAUUUCUAUAUUAUGUUUUAGCCACUGCGCUCUCUCCCUUGAGAUGGGCAAUCUCAAAAGUAAUUGAAACUUACUUCAAGCAAAGCAUUCCUUUACAAAAGCAUGGGAUGGUUCCUGACUACAGCUUCUCCUUUGCCAUGUCGUCUUGCUUGAUUGCAAUGCUACCAGAGGGGUUUUAUGAUAAGGUUGAUGAAGGCAGCAUUAUUCUCAAGAAAUCCAAGAGGUUCAGCUUCUUUAAUGAUGGAAUCAUCCUGGAAGAUGGAAAUGAACACAUAAAGAGUGACAUUGUAAUUCUAGCAACAGGAUUUAGGGGAGAUCAGAAACUUAGAGACAUCUUCACAGCAAACUGGUGCAAAGAGAAAGUGGCAGGGUCAUCAGCUACUGCGGUCCCUCUAUACAGAGAAUGCAUCCAUCCUCGGAUUCCUCAGUUAGCAAUUGUUGGAUACUCUGAGAGCCUUACCAACAUAUAUGCCUCAGAAAGGAUGGCCAAUUGGGUUACGCAUUUCCUGGGUGGUCGCUUCAAAUUACCAAGCAUAAGAUGUAUGGAAGAGAGUGUAGCAGAGUGGGCUAAAUAUAAGGAUCUUUACAACGGAAAGUACUUUCGCAGGUCCUGUAUAAGCACCGUUAACAUUUGGUUUAACGAUAUCUUAUGCCAAGACAUUGGAUGCAACCCUAAAAGGAAGAAAGGAGUACUGGCUGAAUGGUUCCAGCCAUAUGGGCCUGCUGAUUAUGCGAGUCUUUACUGACGACUACCCUACAAGUAUAUUCAUAGGAAAAGAACACAAGUACUGCCUCCAGGAUCCUACUGAUUGAUUAGAAAGGUUUUAUAUCUUUCAAGUUUGUUGUUAUCAUAACAAUAUAAAAUAGAAUCUACCAUGUUCUUUACACACUUCUACUUUCAGAGAGAGAGAGAGAGAGAGAGAGAGAGUUAGUUCUCAAUUUAUGUGAAUUUAUGCUUGUACUUCAGUUAAUAUCAUGUAAAUCUACCUAAAGUCCAAAACAUUUGCAAAAGUCAACACAAUGCUAAGAACAAAAUAUAUUGAACUAGUCUGUUGAGUAUAA